AUGAAUACAUACCAGGCUGUUGACCAAAAGAAGGAGGAUUUUCGCAAAUAUCUAGAGCGGAAUGGCAUCAUUGACGCGCUGACUAAAGUUCUUGUUGGUUUGUACGAAGAACCCGAAAAGCCAGAUUCGCCAGUCGACUAUAUCAAGCAGUUUUUAAGCGGACCAUCAGAUACAGAUACAGAAGCACUCCGUCAUGAAAAUGAAGAACUAAGGCGCAGGGUGGAUGAGCUGCAGUCAAGGUUGGAUGAGAUGUCAGCCACUGACACUAGAUUAGGAUCUCAGAGUACAUGA